AUGGUCAGCAAGAAACAAAAUCAGCACAGUUGGAUCGCAUACCUCAAGCUGCUCGCCCGGAAAACAUUUUCCCGAAACUUGGUUAUGGGCUACAAUGCAAACAGGGUACUUUCGAGUAAUGGUUGCGCUGUUAUCAAGAGCACAAUCCCCGACACAAUCACCUCGUGGUUCAUCAGCGCAUUCGCUAUGCAUAUGGAGACUGGUCUGGGCAUCGCACCCACACCUACCAAGGUCACAGUUUUCCGACCGUUUUUCAUCAAACUAUCGCUGCCUUACUCUAUAAUAAGAGGCGAAACGGUAGCCAUUGAGGCCAUUGUCUUCAAUUACACCACAAAACCAAUUCAAUCGGAAGUAAUAUUUGAUAACAAGAAGCAAGAGUUUGAGUUCAGCGACCGAUUGGACACAAAAGGAGUAAAUGUCUCUGAAAUAAGACAAUUGGUGUCAAUCCCUGCCAACGAUGGCGUUUCGCUCACAUUCACGAUAACACCGAAAACUAUGGGUUAUAUUGACAUCAAACUGACGGCUACCUCAGCCAUGGCUGGAGACUCUGUGCUCAAGAAACUACUGGUGAAACCCGAGGGUCAGACACAACACUUUCAGUAA